AUGGACUCUGUAACUACCAUCACGGAAAAAGAAACAGAAGAAGCCGAAGAGAAGAAUUCAUGGGGUCGCUCUUUUAGCGCACCAAAAGAUUCUUACUAUUUGGUCAGUUCAAGUGGACGAACUCUUUUUCUAAAACUAGUUUCAGGUCUACCUGAUAUUCUUGUUGCACGGAGUCGGAAUGCUCAUGUCUUGGAAUAUGUUCAUCACCAUUGCUCCACAGGUUUGGUCGAAAAUUCAGUAUAUGUUAUUUGGGGCAAAGCUCCACCCACUUGCUGCGAGCGUUUUUUUGCUUAGUACAUCGUAAGCUUAGUCGAAGUGGAAGGAAAGAGCUAAAAAGCUAUUAAAUCUAAGACGAGUCUUAAUUAUAAAAAAAGGAGGAAACUUGGGGAACUAGAUGACCAGGACAAUUCUUUAAAAGUUAUGAUGAUAAAUAUCGAUAAUUUAUUUCAUACUCAAAGAAAAUUUGUCAUUGACACAUCAAAAGACAAGGCACAAAAAACUGAAGGAUGAAAGUGAUUGUAGUAUUACCAAGACUACUGGUUCACGGUGGACGGCAACGCGACUUCCUACGCCAACAGCUUCAUGAGCAUCAUCGGCGUGACUUCGCAGAUUCCCAACGUCGGCGUCAUGAUCGUCAACACCUUCGCCGUCGUCAUGUUGGUUCCUGUUUCAGCCAUCGACCAGAACUUCGAUCCGUUUCAGAGGCUGGAUGAUGCUCCGUAUCGUAGCUCCUCUGAUCGUCAACUGUUUUCUGAUUGCCUUGAUCGUCGCUUUCGUCAUUUUUGUGACCCCGAACGAUAACGGUGAUCGAAAAUGUUUGAAUAAUUAAAGGAAGUUUUUGAAGUUCAGACCGCGGAUGGUUCUACGCUGUCACACUCACUAUUGUUAUGCUGAUGAACUUGGCUAAUGGAAUCUAUCAGGUUUUUGUCAUUAUUUGAGUUGUCAUUUCAAGAAACGCCACGGUCGCGAUCAGAAAUUUCCGUUUUAGGGAUUUUUCCUGUAGCGGAAAAAAAUAACUUCUGUAAUUUUUAAUUACUGGAACUUUGCUUUUUUUCAGUUAUUUAUUAUUUUUUUCAAUGUUUAGUAUUCUUUUUUUCAAACAAAAAUCGAAAAACUGACGUGUCUAUAAUUAUGACGCAGUAAAAAGUCGUGCUCAAUUUUUUUAUUUCAGUUACUAUUCUGAUGAGGUUUUUUUCUGGAAAAAAAUAUGAGUCCCACUAUCUUGCGAGUCCGAAAGUGAUUAUUACAGCAAGUAUCUAUGAAAAAGGUCUUGUUCGGGCUCGAAAAUUAUCCAGAAAAGGGAAGAAAAAAAAUAAUUAUGACACGUUUUCCAGAACUCUGUUUAUGGAAUCGUCGCAGACUUUCCAGACAAUUACAUCAACUCGUUGAUCAUUGGAAACAAUCUUUGCGGUGUUUUCACCAGCUUGAUGAGUAUUCUCACCACUCUUGGUAAUUUUUAAAACAAAAAAAAAGAAAAAUGAAAAUAUCGUUUCAGCCUCUCCGAAUGAUGUUCAACUGAACGCCUUGCUCUACUUCAGCAUCUCCUUGUUCGUCAUGAUCGUCUGUCUCGUGUCUCUCUAUGUUCUUGUUAAACUUGUGAGUCAGUUUUUUUAAGGAUGAUAGAUUCCGGUCGCUAGGUAGGAAUUUCCUGGGACUCAAGCUUAAUUAAAACUUUCUGAAGUUUAGUCGAAGAUUUUGGUUUAUUAUUAAAAGACUACUUUUAGUCUCCGAAAAGACCUGAAGUCAUUUACCAAUCUUGACCUCGAAGAGCUUGUAAAUGUACUGGAAAUCAAAAUUUUCCGUGGCAUCUUUAUGAGAGACACUUUACCAACACAAGGAAUUAAAGAAAGAGAAGUAGGAAUUGUGAAUCUAGAUUCUUCUAAUAAUAAAGGAACUCAUUGGGACUGCUGUUCCAGGGGCUUCAAGAAUAAGGAGAUUUAUUACUUUGAUUGCUAUGGAUUGGAUCCUCCAACAGAACUUUAAAAAAAUAUUAAAAUUAUGAAAAAAAGAUAAAAAAAUAAAAUAGAACUCUCCGCUAUUCAAACUCAAGAAUUCGGAACUCAUCACUGUGGUUAUUACUGUUUACUUCUUCUAAAGUAGAACGGCCGCAAAAAGAUAACUAACAAGAAAAAAACUCCACUUUCCGGCAUUCAAAAAAAAAAACGCAAUCGUGACUUUUUCAGCUUAUGGUUGUCCUUUCACAGAUUUUCAAAUCGAAUUAUGAGAAAAAAAACCAUCUUCCAGCCGUUCUACCAUCAUCACAUGGCUCUGGGACUCGAAGCGCGGCUGGCUGAUGAGUCUGAAAACCCAUCCGUCGGUCAGUUCUUUCAAUGUUUCAAAUAUGUGAGUUCUGCUUCCGAUUCCUUGAUUUUCGUUGUUUCUUACAGUGUUGGGUUCAACUUUUCAACAACUUCUACGUUUAUUUCGUCUCUCUUUUGAUCUUUCCCCGCGAUGAUGAGCGACACGCCCUACUAUAAGAAGUAUGCCAAGGAUCAUUCUGUAUUACCAGGUUUUCAAAGUCGCCAUAGCGUAUAAUUUCUGUACGCCAUCUAGACGACCUUUACUACGGGAUCAACACUUUCCUCAACUUUAAUUUGUUCGCUUGGAUCGGAUCAACUGCAGCGAAUUAUGUGCAAAUCGUGAGCUUUUCCUUGAAUCUUCCAUGGGGCAAAGAUGUAGGGAUAUUUCAGCCUUCUGCCAAAUUCUUGUGGAUUCCUGUGGUUCUUCGAACCCUUUUCAUCCCUUUCUUCAUGUUCUGCAACUACAGGCCGGAUGGGCAGAGAAAAUGGCCGGUUAGUCGUUUUUGGAAAAUGAGGACAAUGAGAAUGGAAAGUUAACAAGCAUUUUUUUCUAGAGGUAAUCUUGAAAAUAUUUUUCUAUGUUGAGAGGUUGAAAAUCACCAUCAUGAGGGCUUUCAAACUUUUGAAAGACUUGGAUCAGGAAAAUUAUCCCAUUUAAAAAUGACGAAAAAGAAAAAAAAACCACGUUAAAAUGUUUUUGAACUAGAAAAAAAUAAACUGAUUUUUCUGACAUUUGAAAGCUCCUUCACUCUUGACUCAAUUCUCAGAGUAGAAUAUAGAUACUUUUUGGAAGAUAUUGUAUUGGACGUCUUCUUUAUCAUUAUGCCAUCGAUUUUAUUGAUUUCAACUUUUUCGCGAAAUUUCCAGGUGUUUUUUGAAAGCGAAUGGUGGUUUACCUUUGGUUGUUCUGUGAUGGCCCUCACCUGCGGUUACUUCAGCAGUUUGGCGCUUAUUUAUACGCCCAGGUGAGAUAAGUCAAAGAAGAUAUUAGGUUAUUGCUACUGUUGUAUUAAAUAAAUGUUUUUUUUUGAAACUUCGAAGUCCACGGUCGCACGUGGAAUGGCUUGAUGAAGGCUGAGAAAUGACUAAAAUACAUUAACAGGGUGAGCUGCUAAAUGAAAAAGCUUUCUGUAGGCUAGAUUCCAAUCGCAGAGCGAGCGUGACUCUUCGAGCCAUUCCUCGUGCGACCAUGGAUUUUCAAAUCACAAAAAUAUAUUACAAUAUAACUUUUCAGUGGUGUUCCUUCUAGUUACCAGAAACUCAGCGGAAUGUUGGCGUCCAUUUUCUUGAUGUUGGGUAGGGCCUUUCUUCUGAAGCCACAGGAACUUCCCGUUUUUUCAGGUAUUUUGUGUGGCGUCGCCUCAACUCCCAUCGCCGCUUGGAUGGUCAAAACCUGGUGA